AUGCUGGUCCCAUCCCUGGCAUCUAUUGUCGCGUUCAUCUCGUCGGUGACCUUGGUCAAUGGCCUGGGUUCGACUUGUUCGACACCACUCGGCGCUGGAACAGCUGCUGCUUCCGAUCCUUAUUGGCUUCAGAACAUCAAGCACCAGGGCAUUUCCGCGUUCAACUCUAACCCCAGCUCGUAUAAAGUAUUCCGCAACGUCAAGGAUUUUGGCGCCAGGGGAGACGGUGUAACGGACGAUAGUGCAGCCAUCAACUCUGCCAUUUCUUCUGGUAACCGAUGUGGAGGAGGCUCUUGUCCGUCAUCCACGGUCACCCCUGCAUUGGUCUACUUCCCCCCAGGCAGAUACCUCGUUUCCAAGGCCAUCAUCAUGUAUUACUACACUCAACUGGUCGGUGACGCUCGCAAUCCACCUACGCUUAUUGCCACAUCUGGAUUCACCGACAUCGCGAUCGUCGAUGUCGACCCCUAUAUCCCGGGUGGAAACGGCGCACAAUGGUACACGAAUCAAAACAAUUUCUUCCGAAGCAUUCGUAACUUCGUCCUUGACACUCGCAAUAUCCCAGCCGGAAACUCUGGAACUGCCCUUCACUGGCAAGUUGCCCAAGCGACAUCGCUCCAGAACAUCGUGUUCCAGCUUUCAACUGCCUCUGGCAAUAACCACCAAGGUAUCUGGAUGGAGAAUGGCUCCGGUGGCUUCAUGGGUGAUCUCGUAUUCAACGGCGGAAAAUUCGGCAUGUGGGUUGGAAACCAACAGUUCACCGUUCGAAACGUUACCAUUAACAACGCUCAAACGGCAGUGUUCGCAAGCUGGAACUGGGGCUGGACUUUCCAAGGCAUUACGAUCAACAAUGCCCAAGUUGGUUUCGAUAUCACGACUGGCGGUAGUGCGUCUUCUCAGACCGUUGGUGCAGAGGCAAUCAUUGAUGCAACCGUUUCCAAUACGCCCAUCUUCGUUCGCACAUCUACUGCGAGUGGAGGAAGACUGUCCGGAUCCCUGGUUUUGAACAACGUCAAGCUGACCAAUGUGCCCACCGCUGUUGGCGUCGCAGGAGGUGCUGUCGUCCUUGCUGGCGGAACGACCACCAUUGCCUCUUGGGGUCAAGGAAAUGUCUACACUGGCACAAGCUCUUCUGGGAGAUUCGUACAGGCCUCUAUUUCCACUGCCUCGAAGCCUGCCUCGCUCCUCGACAGCUCUGGCAAGAUUUUCGGUCGUGGGCGUCCACAAUACGAAAACUAUGCUGUCUCGCAAUUCGUCAGUGUUAAAGACCAGGGUGCCAGGGGAGACGGUGUCACGGAUGAUACCGCUGCUCUCAAAUCCAUCUUUGACAGGUUUGCUGGCUGCAAAAUCAUCUUCUUUGAUGCUGGAACCUAUAUUGUCACGUCGACCCUGCAGAUUCCGGCUGGCACUCAAAUUGUCGGGGAGGCGUGGUCCGUUAUUGCGGGCAAAGGUUCCGCAUUCCAGAACAUGAACAACCCCAUCCCGGUCAUCCAAGCCGGUGCUCCCGGAUCAAGCGGUAUUCUCGAGAUCACCGACAUCGUCUUUUCGGUGAUCGGCCCGACUCCUGGUGCCAUCGUGGUUGAGUGGAACGUCAAGCAGACGGCAAACGGAAACGCUGGCAUGUGGGACUCGCACAUUCGUCUUGGAGGAUCACAAGGAACGAAUCUUCUCGCCGCUAACUGCCCGACUAAUGGAAGUGGUGGAACUACCAACUGCUUCGCUGCAUAUGCCGCUCUACAUCUCACAACUUCGUCUUCAGCUUACCUUGAGGGUACUUGGGUCUGGCUGGCAGAUCAUGACAUGGAGGCAACCGCCCAAACCCAGAUCUCGUUGUUUUCUGGACGCGGUAUUCUUUCCGAAUCGCAAGGCCCAGUUUGGAUGAUUGGCACUGCGUCUGAGCAUCAUACUCUCUACCAAUACUCCCUCGUUAACGCGGCAAAUCACUACAUGGGACUGAUCCAAACCGAGAGUCCCUACUUCCAACCAUCCCCCGCCGCACCCGCACCUUUUACCGUCAACUCAGCGUUCAAAGACCCAACCAACUGGAGUGGAAUCACCUCUGCAUGGGGACUACGGGUCACCUCUUCCUCGAAUAUCAUCAUUUUCGGCGCUGGUCUCUACAGUUUCUUCAAUAACUACAACCAGAACUGCCUCACGCCCGUAAACUGCCAGGCGCAGAUGGCCACCAUCGACUCCGCCUCUUCUGUACACAUCUACAGCUUGAACACUGUUGGAGUCACAUCCCAGCUCAGUGUCAACCAGGCUGGUGUCAUCAACCAGGCGUCCAACGCCAACGGAUUCUCGCAAACGGUCACCUCAUGGAGUCAAACAUGA